CAUAAACAGUGGAAAUGCAGAGCUUUGAUUGUAUCCUUUUUUUAGGGGACAAAACACAAGGAUCAGACACCCUGUUUUGUUAGUUUUUAUUGUGACUUAUUGUAUAUUUUCUGUUGCUGUUUAAAAAAAAAAAUGAAAAUGAUUUCACCUUGCUUGUUUGGUUUUGAUUAAACGUAAUAGUAUAUUCGGUAUGUUCUGUCAUUCUAAAAAUAUUGGAGUGACUGUUUUACAUUACUUUGACAAAUUAAACAGUAAUUUAUUGUAGGACACAUUGUUUUUUUUUUAAUUUUAUUUAUUAUUAUUAUUAUUAUUAUUAUUAUUAUUAUUAUUAUUUUUACUUUAACCUCAUUAUACACCAAGCUGAUAAGGUGUGUGCUUCAGUAUGUACAUGAAUGUUUGUUGGCAUUUUCCAGCUUCAUUCAGGGGAAGAAAUCAAUCAAAGGAGGGCAGUGUUGAGUUUAAAGCUGCCAUUUUUUUUUGCCAUUUUUAAAUUCUCUUUAGUUUCAGGAGAUCUUCGUAUUAAAACACACUGAUCGUUAGAAUAACUUGCUCAAUAUUAGCACUUGAAAGCAAUUCUCAUGACUAUGCCUUAGAGUAGUGUUUCUCAAAGUGGCAACAGAAGUUUAUUAUAUUUAUUAUUAUUAUUAUUCAGUUUUUGUAGAAAUUACAUGGUUUGAUUAGUUACUUGAAUUGAACUGUAUGUUAAUAACACAAAAACAUAAGCGUAUAAAGUGUUCUGUUGGUGAAAAGUUCAGGAACCAAGCUCUAGGGUUCAAGUAAUAGCCAAAGUUUUUGAGCCUAAUGGUUUUUACAGUUGUUACACACAAUAUGGUCAAAAGUUUGUGGACACCUGACCAUCACACCCAUAUGUGCUUGCUGAAUAUCUAAUUCUAGAUUUAUUCCCUCCCUUGCUGCUGUUAUAAUAAGCUCCACUCUUCUGCGAAGUCUUUCCACUAGAUGUUGGAGCGAGGCUGUGGGGAUUUGUGUUCAUUCAGCUACAAGAGCAUUAGUGAGAUCAGGUGCUGAUGUUGGUGAGGAGGUCUGGGGUUCAGUCGGUGUUCCAGUUCAUCCCAAAGGUGUUCAGUGGGGUUGAGGUCAGGGCUCUGUGCAGGACACUCGAGUUCUUCCACUCCAACCUUCACACACCAUGUCUUCAUGGAGCUCGCUUUGUGCACAGGGGCAUCGUCAUGCUGGAACAGGUUUGAGCCUCUUAGUUCCAGUGAAGGGAAAUUGUAAUGCUACAGCACACAAAGGCAUCCUAGGCCAGUGGUUCUCAAUGUGGGUUUCAUGAAGCAUAGCAAAGUGGUCCAUGAUUUUUUUCUUUUGUUACAGUGGUGGACUGUAAUCACAACCCACAUUAUCAAAGAGUUAUUAUGUUUAAGGGUCCAAGCACCAAAGUCAACUCAGACCUAAUAUGGAAAACUCAGGAACAGAAAGCACUACCGCUUGAAAUGUUCAUGAAAUAAAUCGAUACUGAGGGAGUCUGUGAAAUUUUUUAGAAAUUUUUUAACAGUUAAAAAGGUCUCUAGCAACAAAACGUUUGAGAACCUCUGUCCUAGACAACUCUGUGCUCCCACAUUUGUGGCAACAGUUUGUGGGUAUGAUAGUCAGGUGUCCACAAACCUUUGGCUAUAUUUAUAAUAUAUGUACUGAAGGUUUUAAUUUUACAGUUAAAGGCAUGCCUGGCUUGCUAUAAUGUAAUGCUUAUGGGAUUUGUAGUCUUUUAUUAGACCGUGAUUUUGACUACAAUUAGGAAAUAAAUACGUCUAAGAUAAAUGAAAACAAUUUUGUUCCUAAAAACUAUACAGGUCAGAAAAUAUGGAGUCAAUGCAACGUCUGGAAUGUGACUGCAAACCAUUAAACACUAGAAAUUCUUCAAAAGUGACCUUUAGGACUGAAAUUUUCUAGUAGACUUUCACUUCCGCCUUCCGUGGCUUCAGGACCGUGAGCAGCCUUUUGGCGCUCUCUAUUGGCUGAAGACGGCGCGCGCCUGAAAGCAACCCCGUUGCUAAGCAACCCACAGCACAACGCUGGGAAUACUAGCCGCUAGCGUUUAAGGCUUGUGUUAAAUAAACUAAGCUGCUUGAUAUUUCCAGAAGUUUCUGCUAAAUAAUAAAAAAAUGGCUAACAUGGUUUUGUCGGAGGUUUUGUCUGAAAUUGGCUGGGACCGAAAAUUCGCCAUUCCAGUGUCAAACACCGAGAAUAAAGCUUUGGAGGAUGAGAUCCAGAGAAAACACAAAGAGCUAGCACAUGUGGAAAACCAAGCGAGUCAGCACAAGGAGAGGAUCAACGCCAUGACCGAACAUCUGAAAAACGUCCAGCAAGAGCUCACUCACACUCAGGCUCUGUGCAGGGCUGUAGAGAAGCAGACCGAUUCAGAGCAGCACUUCAAGGCCUUGGAUGAGCGAGAGACCGGACGGCUGCGUCAGGAGAUUUCCCAGCUGCAGAACGAGCUGAUAUCACUGCGAGAGAAGAAGAACUCGCAGGAGAACUACAUCUUUAAAGCGACACAGAAGAUGGAGGAGCUCAAGGAUCAGCUGAACUGGGACCAGCAGACUCUGGACGCCUGGCUGGAGGAAUCGUCCCGCAAAGACGAGGACACCAUGGCCAUCGUCAAGUACGCGCAGCAAGACGAGAGCAGGAUUCGAGAGCUGACUCUGAGCAUGGAGAAGCUGACUCUGGAGGCGAACCGGAAGAGAAAAGCUUUGGACAACGAGGUUACCGAGACCAUCAUGGCGCAGGUGGCUCUGGAGAAGACGGUCGAGAUGGUGCAGCAGGCCCACGCGGAGAGACAGGAGCUGAUCAGCCAGUGGGAGAACUCCAUCGAGCAGAUGAGGAAGAAAGACCAGGAUCUGCAGCAGUGCGCUCUGCUGCUGGCAGAGACGAACCAGGUGAUCCGCGAACGCAAAGCACUCAUAAAAGAGAAGCAGAACUUCCUGGCUAACGAGGUGGAGAACAACAAGGAGUGCGAGAAGAAGAUUGCUGCGGUCGAACGCCAGGCCAACAGGCUACGGCAACAGUUUCAGGAAGAGGAGAGCAACCGCACACGACUGCAAGAUGAGCUGGUGAGCCUAAAGGGCAGGUUGGAUCGCACCGCUACAGACCUGGAGGCUAAGAGAUCCCACUUAGCGAGCAUCAAGAAGGACAUCAACGAUAAAACGGCAAAAUUAGAGGAUAUUCAGCACUAUAACGUCGCUCUAGAAGAGAAGUUGCAGGCCGUGACUGAGGAGGCGCUUAGCGUGGAGGAGAGAGCCGCUCAGAUGGAGCAGCUCCACCGUGAUCAGGAGAAACAUCUCAAAGAAAUUGACACCCAACUCCAGCGGGAACAAAAGCUCCUCUUCCAGAAAAAGCAGGAGCUGCAGACACUGCGAGCCAAGGAGAAGAAUGUCGUAGCAGAUAUCUCAGGAAGUCGUGUAGCUCUGUCCAGCCUGGACAUCCGCCUCAGUAAACUAGACCAAAACGCUCUCAAGCAGCAGGAGUACAUCAAUAGCCAGGAUUUCCAGAUCCAGCUUCUGGAGGGGAAGAUGGCGCGUCUGAGCGGUAACGUGAACAAGGAGGAGAAACAGGCGCUGGAGAAGCAGGUCUCCGAGCUGAGCGAGGUGCUGGAGGAAAAGAAGAAGGCAGCUGCUAUGCUUGCAGCACAGCUCAAGAAGCUUCAGAAUGACAUCCGCUGUGUGAGGAAAGAGAAUGAGAAGACGGGAGCAGAAGAGAGAAACCUGACCACAAAGAUUGAAGAAUUGAACCUCGUUGAUGACACCUUGGACAAAGACCUGAAGAAACUUCGUCUCAAGAAACAGGACAGCAUAGUGGAGAACAAUAUCCUGCAGCUGGAGGUGAAGCGCCUCAGGACCAUGCUGUAUGACAAGGCGGAUGGAGUUCUUUCUCUGGAGAAGAGGAAGCUACAGCUGCAGACGGCCAUGAAGGAGCGGCAGGAGGAGAUCCGCGUGCAUCGGGAAAUGCACAGCAAGCAGCUCAAGAUCACUGAGCAGGAGAUGCAAGGGCUCAGGGCCCAGUUGCAUGAACGACUGUCCAGAGUUGACAAGAUGAAGAAAAAAUACGAGAUCAUCACCAUUUCCAUGGCUGCCCCAGAGGGCGAGGAAGACAAAUCGCAGGCCUAUUACAUUAUCAAGGCAGCUCAAGAGAAGGAGGAGCUUCAGCGCAAGGGUGACGAUUUGGACUCCAAGAUCCGCAAGGCAGAGAAAGAGAACAAGGCAUUGGAAAACACCAUGCACCUGCUCAAUAAUCAUAACAGCACCUAUCGCAAAUCCUUCAACAAGGUCACAGAGUCCAGUCCUGAGUAUCAAGAGAAAUUGAAGUUAGAGGAACAGAAAAGAGCUGCAGAUGAAAAGGUCAAGUUCAAGAGACGCCAAAUCAGAGAGCUGCAGGAAAACAUUGAGGCCAUGAGCAGCUCAUUGAACAGCCUGCAGCAGGAGGAAGUUGCUCAAACAAAAAGAAAUGUUGAUCUCCAUGCCCGUAUUGUCUCUCUGAAUAAAGAGCUUGUUUCUCAGCAGGAGAAACUGGACAGGGCCACUAAACAGUCCUCCAAGCUGAAAAAGGAGAUCCGCUCUACUAAAAACACCACAGAGGAGACCUUUGAGGAACGUGACAUCAAGCUGAAAGAACUGAAAGACUGCAAGAAGGCCAUCAAUAAGAUGCUCCUGGAUGUCAUGGAGCAGUAUCCUGACCUCCAGGCGAUUUUACAGACGUACUACAUGCAGGCCAAUCUUCCUCUUCCUUCUCCCGCAUCUACCCCUUCGAGCAGGAGUUCAAAGUUGAGCUCAGCAUGUAGCUCUUUUUCUCUCAGAUCUUCCAGAUCCUCAGGACCAUCAGCCGACAGCAGCGCCAGAGGCUCGGCAGUUCACUCGCCCUCCGUAAAGAUGGUUGAGUUAGGCCUUGGACUUCGGACUCAGUCUCCUGGCAGUGACAGCAGCAGGAGCAGCAGGAGCAGUCAUCUCAAGACUCCUUAAUCAGCAAAUCCUCCAAGUUGCAAAUAAAAUAUAUACUAAAUGUCUUAAAAAUUUGAAUGUUCCACUUAAAUGAGGUUCGAACUCAAUCCUGGGUGUCUGCAAACUCAUGUAUAAGGAAGUAUACUCUAACAACUGUAUAGGCUUAUGGGACAUGCUGAAUUUGAUUAUUAAUCAAUGUUCUGUCAUUUUAAAAAAUCCUUGAGAUGCUGAUAAAUUGCAUAUAAUUAUAUCACUCAUUUCUAUAUCUCAUGCCACAUGUCUUUCUGCAAUGCUGAGAAUGUAGGUUUGAUUUGAUCUACAAUUGAGUGUUUGCUGCUCGCCAUGACAACUGUUUUUGUUUCCGCAUGAACUGUUGACAUUUCACUACGUCAAAGCUGAAUAAUUUCAUAUAAAAGCACCUCCUGAAAUAUUCUAUCCCUCUUAUAGCACAGCAGUUUGCCACAAUUACAAUUUUUACAAUUUGUUAAAGAAUGACACGUCAUCCUUUUUAUCCAUUUACUGCAUAGUUUCAUUUAAUGUUAUGGAAUGUCCACAAAACACUUACAUUAUAGCAGUUAUAACAUCCCUUAGACUGAAAACUUAAAGUUAUUUAAAGCUUACCAAGCACUGACACUGGAGACUCCUUCCAAAAAAUGUUAAAUAAACAUCUCUUCACAGAAAACUUCAGCAUACAAAAGUCCACGUUAAUGAGCUGUUACUAGAAAAACAACAUAUUAGAAUGAUUACGGUCAUAUAAACCUGUGAUCUGAACUACAGCUACUGAACUACUGUCAGAGCGGCUGUUAAAGAACAUUAAUCAACACCUUCCAACCAAUCAGAAUUGAGAACUCAACAGUGCUGUUGCAUGAAGUGUUUAUAUAUUGAAUUUUAUAUAUAUUUUAUCAUAUAUAUGAAUGUUUAUAGAUUCAUACACUGGACGGUCUGAGUGUUAUCAUUAAAUGAUAUAAUCUGUUUAUAUCCUUUCAGUUUUUAAAGAAACAUUCCUGUAUGUAGAACAAUACUUUAACUAUGGGCGGAGUUUAGCGCAGUUGAUUUACUGGAACUGCUGGUAUUGUACGUCACCAAGUGUGACGCUUGAUAACAAAACCCCUAAGAAUGCUUCCUAACAAAGUUAUUAGAGAAACUGACUUAGAAACACUACACACACUCAUACCCACAUACCUUAGUCAGGAGUAAGAGCAUCAGCAGAAAACAUGUUGCUCUUAAGCCUUUUUGUUGGGGUGAUUAUUUUUACAGCUGGAGCAACUGCUCAAACAACCAUUACAAGUCCCACUACUACUACUACUACUACAACUACUACUACUACUCCUCCUACUCCUCCUCCUACUACUACUACUACAACACCUCAUACAACUACACUUUUGGACACUAUGAUACCCAAAACAACUACACAAAUGACCACCAACACCACCACAAGGACCACUACUAAAGCUACAACACCGUUUCAGAUGUUUGUAACAGGCGGCUCAGGGCCCUUGUUUCCUUCUCCAGUGACCACACCCAGUCCUCGUCCUGAAACCAGUACCAAAACAACGGCUCACUCGUACCCCGUGGUUGCCGGGCUGCGAGCUUUGGUCAGAACUAGUGUGGCGCUGGAUAUCAAUCAAGCCAACUCCAUUUUGCAGCAGUAUUUAUCAUAUCUCCAAUCAUACUACAACGUAACUGCCAGAGUAACGAGCAUUAAGAAGGUAUGAAGAGCUGCAUCAGAAGGAAGUUCAGGAUAUUUUCAAGGCCCUUGUUCCUCUUUUUAUUUCUUUGAGAAAAUGUGCAUUAUUGUAAUCUCUUUCACUUUUUCAAAUCAUUGCUUUUGCAUUUUUUCGAGAUUAUACUUUAAAGGUAUAUUGACAAUUUGUGGGAGGCAAGUAAAGGUAACUGUGCUUGACAGUAAAUAAUUAUAAUAUGAUUUGUCAACAGUGAAUGAAGCAACAAUGUUAAUUCAAAUAAAUUAAUUAAUAAAACCUGUUCAGUGAGAAAAGUGA